AUGACUGGUGUAGGACGUGCUUUGAAGUCGAGGAAGCUUACUCCUCGAUUUAUUAUUCCGUAUCAGAUAUUCGGGCGAGUUGGGCUUGUUGCUUAUAGAGUGGCGUUGCCACUGAAUUUGUCAAGUCUACAUGAUGUGUUCCAUGUUUCACAACUUAGGAAGUAUGUUCUGGAUCCGUCGCAUGUAAUUAUGAUGGAUGAUGUUCAGUAUCAAGUAAUUUGGUCUCUAGAUGGAAGUCAUCAUCUACCUUCACUUGGACAUUUAAAACGGAAAAAUGGACACAGUGCAAUGAAAACAGAAGUAUUAUUAAUUUCCAAGAUAUUACUUGGUGACUAUGUUGUAAGUGGGAUAUGGAGGCUUCGUGAGGGCAUGCAAACUGAUUAUCAAGAUAUUAUUAAUUUUCAUAGUGGAAAAUUCCAAACAACUGAAUGCCUUAGAUUUACGAAGAAACAAUGA